UAUGUAUGUAACAUUAAAAAAGAUGACAUACCAAGUUUAGGGGAUUUAUAAAACCCUACUGAAACCCUGAGACUCCUGGCAAUGGCGAGACGGCGGAGAGAUGAGGAGGACGAGGAGCUCGAAGAUGACUACGAAGAAGAGUCGGAGCAGCUGAUGGAAGACGACACGAAAGAGGAGGAGAGAGUUGGAUUGAGCCGGAUGCGCAGAAGAUCAGCGUUUAUUGACGAUGUUGCGGAGGAAGACGACGAAGAGGACGAAGAUGAUGACGAGGACAAAGAUUUUGGUGGGAGACUGCAGAGGAGCAAGCGCUGGGGUUCUCAGUUUCUUGAUCUUGAGGCACAGGUUGAUAGCGACGAGCAAGAGGAAGAAUAUGAUGGAGAAGACGGGAAUGUCUCUGAUAUGAACACUGGUCGCAUGAAUAUCAUAGAAAUUGCAACACCGAAUCUGAAAAACUUUAUCUACAUGGGUGCUCGGAAAAAACCCUUCAGGAUUAAGUUCGCAGAAUGUUGUUGCAAUUUGGAAACCUUGGUGUUGUGUGGCUAUUUUGCCACAGAGAGGACUUUUCAUAAUCUAAUCUCCAAAUUUCCUUUGCUUGAGAAUCUCUGGAUGGUUAGAUCAGCUUCCGUUGGGAGACUCACCCACCAUUGCGCAAUGCGAGUCGAGUCCGGAUUAGUCAGGGUGAAGCCCCGAAUACCGAACGGGAAACGGAAAAAGAAGGCCCAAUCUAAACAGCGGCUCCGUGGAGCAGUCGUUGAGGCUCUGCCGAAACCAAGAACCGGUGGAAAAGAUUUCCUAGAACUUGCUGCGGCGACCUCAAAGAAAAAAAGGCAACGUCGAAUUGAAUUAGCAAAGCUCGUACGUCCCUUACGAGGAGUCUCGAGAUGUCUACCAAACUUCAUUGCCGACGAGCCAUUGGGAAAGCCCCAACAUAAUGCCUUUGUCAAUGCAUUCCCAGCCUGUUGCCCUGCCUUUCAAACUUCUCAUCUCCUUCCCAUGAGUCCAAGAAGGUUGCACUGCUUUCCACGCUAUGGCACAUGCAGAAGAAGAAUUGAGGGUAGUUGUGCCAGAGCAUCUGCGAUACCAUCUCCAAUUCUAUUGCGGGUGUCAUUUUGGGUUCUGCCGGAAUUUCGCCAGCCCCAAUUCUGCUUGAUUUCCCUAACAAAUCCCCCACCCGAAGUUGGAAUCUUUGAAUUCUGCAAGCAUACUUCUGGUGAAACUCCACUGGCUUCGUUUUGGUGUGAUGCGGACACCAAUAAAACUCCUAAGCCACCCAAAGAGAUCCUUGAUGACCCCAUCACCUUUGAUUUCAGACCCUACAUGCAUUCAACCUUCCUGGCUGACAGAUUCAACUAUACAUAUGCGAGCCACAAGCGCCUCACUAGACUUCCCAAUGCUAAUCUCCAUUGUCGUCUAAAAAUUAAUGUACAUGUUCCAACGGCCAUACCUAUUCUGGGGAUUCUUCUAAGAUUUCACUCAGCUCCAGUGACUAGCAAUGGAAAGGAAACAACAAGAAAUGCAUUCGGUGGACCAAUGCCACUAGGUUUCCAAAGGGCUCCAGUCAAAACGUGCUCUGAAGAAGACAUUAAUGGUGGAAACCAUUUCUACACCAAUUGCAGAGAGUGAGUUAAUUCAUUUUCUUUCUUCUGUGUUUUCUGACUCAAACCUUACCAUAUUGAGUUUGAAGUUUUAACUCAAUUCCAUCAAUUCUGUGUCAGAUAAUGACAACAUUAUUGCUGAUUGAAACCAAGUAGAUGAUGAUCAUACUCCCGGAAAGGAUCUUCCUGUUGUAUUGGCAGUCAAGGAGUCCGUUUCUACUCAAGUAAUUUUGCCUUUGGACGGUAUGGGGAUAGAAAGAUGUGGACCAUCAUCAUUUUCAUUUCUUUUUCCCUUUUUUCACUUGUCUGCUUCCAAGAAAUAGCAAUAAAUGCAGUUAGUUGCC